AUGCUCAUGGAGGGCAUUGAAGCUAUUGCCGAGUCGGCUCAGGCCGCCAAGCCUGAGGCGCACUCGCCGACAGGACCAGAAAUGAAACAGGAGUCCCCGACUGUCACCACCAAUCUGGGCGAGACCCCUCAGUUCCCACUGAAGCGACCCCGCGAUUCGAGCGCAGACGACCCCGAGGCCGAGUCCAAGAGGCUGAAAGUUGACGACGAUCAACCACCCCAACAAACCCCGGAGCAACAAUCACUUGAGAAAUCACUUGAAAAAUCACUCGAGCAAUCACUCCAGGAAUCACUCGAGAAGUCAAUUGAGAAGUCGAUCGAGAGAUCACUCGAACAAGCAUUCGAAGAAUCUCAAGAGCCAUCUCAAGCGCAAUCCCAAGAGCAGCCCCAAGAUCAACCCCAAGAGCAACCACAGGAGCAAACUCACGAGCAACCUCAGGAGGAGAAUCACGACGACCAUGCGGCUCUCGAUCUCGGAUUUGACAUGGACGCCAUGAUCCAGGGUGUGAUGAUGGACAUCAGCAACGAGAUGAACAAUGAGAUAGGAAAGGUCGAGGGUCUGGACGGCGUCACGGAUGUCGACAUGACGGCAGAUCACUUGGCGUCUGUGUCGCAAGACUCUGCCCCGUCAACUGACACACAUGCCAUUGUUCUCUCUGAGCCUUCGGCCUUGAUGAGGCGCAUCACCACCUCCUGUUUGUCAAACUUUGCUAUGCAACUUCUCGUAAUCAUGUCGCAGCAUGUCUACCACGACGUUUAUCAGCAGUUACAAGACAGAGAAUCAGACCUCUGCAAGUCCUUCAGCACACUCAAGUCUCUGCUCCGGCAAACUCGAUCGAUUUACUCCACGACCGACCUUAUCUUGGACCCCGCAGUGCUUGAUCUGACUGCGCCGGAUAACCUCACCGAUAUCCAAGUCGCCAACCUCGCCAGUUUCUGUUGCGAACUUUUCACCUUCGACGGCGAACACCAACUCGGCUCGAACGAGCUCUUGGCUCUGGAGGACAAAUUUUUCACCGUCUUCCCGCCAGGCACCGAGGGCAUUUCGCAUGAUAUCUCUGAGCUCUUCCUCGCAGUCAAGACACAACUAGUCAUCGAGUCCGUGACAUCAGCGAAUCAGUCUGGGCCUGUUGACCAGUUGAUUGCCCAGGCUUUCUCGUCCAGCCUGGAAGAUAAGCUAAAAGCAAGACACGAAGGAUCUGACUUGACUGCUGAAGAGAGAGCCCUGGUGACAUCUGUGGAGGAGCGCAAAACGUCCCUGAUUACUUACGCGUCAGGACUCCCAGAUACUGUUCUACUGAAGAUCGGCUACCCGGAGGAAGACUUAUUUCACCAACUGAAUGUGUACCUGCGCCAAAAGCUACAGUCGGUCUCUGGACUGGCCUCGAGGCACGGCAUCGAUCUUCCUCAGAUUAUGACCAACGGAGACCUCGACGCAUCGAUGCCACCCGAUCUCGACGACCUCGGAAUCUCAUCAUUACUGGAGGCUACGGAUGGACUUGUUGCGCAAUAUCUCCCCAGUGAACCGGUCGAUGGAUUACCUACCGAACAACAGCCGCCAGUUCCGACGACUGAGAGCAGUGUCCCGCCCCCCGAACCACCUGCGCCUGCCCCUGAAGCCGCUCCCCCGGCGCCAACCACAAAUGGUACCACAACUGAAACUCAAGACGCGACGAAUGAUAUUCUCGCCCUUGUUGCACAGAGCACACAGGAGUACGUUCGAACUACUCUAAACAACCUGUCUCCAGCGCCCUAUCAGCCAACCGUACCCACACCGACGGGCGCCGCUCCGGUCACGCAGACGACAUACCUCUCACACCUGCAACAAACCCAGCAACAAUCGCCAUACUACGGAUACCCGCCACCAGUGGAACAACCACCGCAGCCUACGGCUCAUGAGAGUAACGAAAAGCUGCCUCCUAGUCAGAGCCUACCUAGUGCUGUGCUUUACGACAGGGCCCGCCAAGCUGCCUUGAGCAAGACCAAUAACCAGCAGAGAAGGGAAGGCACCACUUCGACAAGACGCCCAUGGACUCAAGAGGAGGAGAAGGCCCUCAUGACUGGUCUCGAUAUGGUCCAGGGACCUCACUGGAGCCAAAUUUUGUCUCUGUUUGGUGCAGAGGGCACUCUUUCCAACAUACUGAAAGAUCGAACGCAAGUCCAGCUCAAAGACAAGGCCCGCAACUUGAAGCUCUUCUUCCUAAAGACAAACUCCGAGAUGCCGUAUUAUCUGCAAGCCGUCACAGGCGAGCUCAAGACAAGGGCACCUACACAAGCUGCCCGCAAGGAGGCUGAGGAGCGAGCUAGGAUGAACUCAGAGGAGGAGCAAGCUCGGGUACAGGGCAUCAUGACACUUGCGGGCGGAUUACAGCAUCCUCAGCAUCCCCACCACCCUCAACAUGCACAACACCCGCAGCAUCCACAGCAUGUACAACACGCACAACAUGCGCAGCACCUUCAGCAAAAUAGAGCAAGCGUGACACCAGCGACUGCACCGAGCACGCCGUCACAGUCUGCCGCCCAGGUCUCGCAUCACAUGGCCGCCCAUGCGACGACACCGACGCAUGCUGCUGCAGCGGGCCCGCCUGCCACGCCAGUACAAGCAACACCGAGCCAUGCUAGAGUUUUGCCAGCUUCCUCACCGUAUGCCGCAACCGCUGCUCAAUUACAAACAUCUCACAGCUUGCCACAAACUCAGCCACAAACGCCGACGCAUUCCCACAUCCAGCAUCAUUCUCACCCGGGAACGCCACAGCCGCAACACCAUGCUCAACAGCCGCAGCACCAACCUCAACAGCAGCACAUCCAGCCGCAGGUCUCUCAGGCUGCUGAGACUGCGCCCAAUUACACGACCGAUUCAUCAGCUGCGGUCUACAGUCAAGAGACCGAAGAUCUCAAGGAAGCCGCUCUUAUGCAGAGUCUUAGGGAGCUUGAAGCAUAUAGCGAAAGCGCCAGCGCUAGCGUAUCAUAG